AUGGCUGUUGCCCCGGCUGUACAAGCGAACGACUAUCUGUCCAACAAGCAGACACUUGUCGCGUCUCUCCAGCAUCGAUCGUCAUUCCUUGCGGCUACCCCGCGAAAGUUCAGCUCAUCUCGAUUUCAAAACUUCAGCUCCUACGCCAUUCUUCCUUACAUUUUCUUCUUUCAGUUCACUGGUUCAUUCCAUAGUCCCGCGGGGGGGGGCGGGAGAAAGCACAAAAGCGCACAUCGUAUCAGCUGA